AUGUCGGACCUGUCGGAUGACAACGGUGAGACAGACGAGGUUGAAGAGGAGGAAGAGGCAACAGAAGAUGCUGGAGCAGAGGAAGAGAUCGGAGAUGACACCAUCCCGAAUGAGCUCCCAGGUGAAGAGGACACGGACCAGAACAUCCAGAAGCAUUUGGAAGUACAUGAUGCUACCUUCGAGGAGGCAUAUUUCCCGCCUGCGGUGAUGCAGGAGGUUCAAGAUGCAUGGCACAUCUUUAUUACGCAGCUGAACGGUCGCGAUGCUGCUGGAGAGGCCAUUUAUGCGGCGGUCUUCGACGCAGCCCCGAGCCUGCAGAGCCUCUUCAAAACAGCCAGGUCUGUCAUGGCCAUGCGCUUCAUGAAUGGGCUGACUUCGAUUGUUUCAGCCGCACACAAUCCACAACAACUCAAGACGCAGGUGGAGAGCCUCGGAUUUCAGCACUUGGACCUGGAGGUCACGGUCCCGAGAGUGGGCAUCUUCCGCGAGGCCAUCGUCGAGCUUUUCGAGAUGGAAUUGGGUGUCCGCUUUUCCAGCAAAGCCAAGCUUGGCCUUCAGGCUGUGCUGAAUUAUGCCGGCGGCGCUUUCAUAUACAUUCGUCGUGAGUAUGCAUCUCGAAUUCGGAUCAUUCAGCGGAGCUGGAAGACAGCAAACAAAUCCUCUGGCGAAGAGGAUGGCGAUGAAGAUGCCAAAAAGUCAGGGGAAGAGGAGACGAAAGAAGGAGAGGAGACGCAGCAGACGGCAGAGGUGGCUGCUGCACAAGCACAAGAUGCCCAGACAGCGACAAAGGAUAUACAGGGCCAGCCCUCCAGCAAGACUGUUGGAACGAGCAAAGACGGAAAGACUGCAGUCAAGGUCCCGACUACCUUCAACGAAAUGUUCCUGUUCAAUGCUGCCGUGAUGGGUUUUGCUGAGAGCGGCUGGAUGAACUUGAUCCUGGAUCAGUUCCACAACAUCGUGACCAAUGUUGCCAACUCUUACCGCCUGCAAGAGGAGUGUGAUGUGCUGACACUCGUCCUCGACAAGCACGAGGGUCAAGUUCACCUGUCUGAGUUCAAGGCAGUGAUGCUGUCAUCAUUGCGUUCCCUCGUUCCAAAAGAGUGGGACUCUGAGCAUGAAGUGGCCUGGAACUGGCUGUGGGAGAAUGUGGAGCGCAUGAUCAAGUCCCACAUGGGAAAGCCACACAGCCAGGAGAAGGCCUUGGAGCGUUUCAUCUCGGGUCUCUCACCAGAUGAUGUCACACAGCUGCGGCGCCAUAUCUACCAAAAGUUUUUUCAGGUCGCGCCAGCAGGGCAAGACCACUUCAAACAGUCCACCACCAGACUGUACUUCAUCGCAGACAAGAUCUUUGAGAUGACUAUGGAGAUGUUUCAUAGCCCUCGCAUGAUGGUGGAGGACAUUUCUGCGUUGGGUCUUCGACAUGUUGGGUACGCCAUCCCAACAGAGCUCUUUGCUCCGUUCGUCUCCUGUGCUGUGGAAGCUGUGCGCAUGAUGACGACUGACGAGACUGCAGAAGCAGCCUUCCGCUGGUCACUGACGCUGAUCUCAAAGAUCUUGGUGCGAACCAUUCUCGAGGGAAGCACAAUUGUCAUGAAAGCCAUCAACACGAACCAGGCAAAGGCUUUGAAGAAAGCUGUGGCUAUUGCGCCGCGAAGCAAGCGAGCAAUGGAGCUGUUGAACAUCACUGUCGGCACCCAGUCCAUCUCUCCAUUCUACUGGGCCAUCGAAAGUGGCAGUUUGGAGUGCGCCAGGGCAAUGAUUCAGGACUUGUUGACGAUUCGUGCCGACCGAGAUAGCUAUUACUUCGGUGUUGAUGCUUUGUUCACGCGCCACCCAGAAGUUGUUCAGCGACUUUGUGCCAUAGCGCCACAGCUGCUGUGGCCGCUGCUUGACGGCCUUGUCUGGCGAUCUCGGCAAGCGUUCGGAGGUAGGCGCCGGGUGAACUACUACGUCAAGAACCUGGUUCAGGACCUGAACAGUAACUUCAACAUGGCCUUGGAGUGGCUUGUAGAACGCCAUGACCCAAAGAUCAUUUGCCAUCCCGCUGUUGUCAUUUUUGCCGACCUGCUUUGGACUCGGUUGGCACAGUACAAUUUCCUGCUCAGCCGAUGCUACUUCCUGUUCUCCCUUUGUGUUUUCAUUGCCGGGCAAGCAAUUCUGGGGAGAACUGAUGGAACUUUCGAAGAGCGCGUUGCAACGUUCUGCUGCCGCAUUUUCAUCUACCUCGGGAGCAUGUGCAGACUUCUUUACAGUCAAAUCCGCCUUUUGUAUGAAGACAUCAAGACUGGUGCCAUCGAACGCAUAUACAGGAUUCCAAUUCCGAUGUCUCUUAUGAAUCCUCAAGACCUUGGAAAUCUGAUCCUGCUGAUCGUCCUCAUGCUCAUGUGUGUGCAGGAGCCGAUUUUUCAUUGCUUGUCUCAUACUGAAGAGUUCGGCCUCUUCUCCGUGAAGUGUGCGGAUAGGGAGCACAAGGAUAUCUAUGCCGUGUUUUCUGGUGUCGCCAUGCUGCUUUACUGGCUCCUCCUGAUCAACUUCAGCAUCUUCUCCAUGCAGAUCUCGGCCUUUGUUCUAGUGUGUGGCCGCGUGCUGUCAGAGGUGUUCCUGUUCUUGUUGGCGGCGAUCUUCUUGCUCACUUCCUUCGCCACGGCCAUCGCAGCCAUGAAUCAUAGCUUGAAGGACUUCAGCCGGAUCGACAAAGGAAUGGAGACACUGCUUGAAAUGACGCUCAGCAUGUAUCCGAACGAAUCUCUCAAGGCAGUUCUGGAGCAAUCAGUGUGGGUUGAAAUCUGCAUCGUGAUGUUUACGGUCCUCAUCUCUGUCGUCUUCCUCAACUUGCUGGUGGCACAGCUGAACCAGGCAUACAACCUGGUACACGAGGACAUGCAAGGCUACGCGCGCCUAACACGCGGGAGCAUCAUCGUCUCCACCGUCGAGGCGGUGUCCCGCAAAAGGUGGACGGCCUUUUUGCAGAGUCUCAACUUCGACCAGAAGCUUGAGUUUAAUGAGGGCGACAUUGGCCUGGCAGGUGGAAUCCAAGUCUUUGAGCCAGCAAACGCAAAUCCAACAACAGUGGAGACAGUCAGGCGAUUUGGCGGCUCGACAGCGCCGGGUGUGCCCUGGCCAGAGGAUCCGCUUGACAUAGGUGAUGAAGACCGCUUGGAGAAAUUGGAGAAAAUCGUGGUCAAAGCCAUGAAGACGAUUACAGACAAGAAAGGUGGUUCUUUGGGAACCGGAUACUCGGGAGUCUCUGGAUUUCCAUCUUCGGCCA